AUGGAUCCGGUGACAGGCUUCGGGCUGGCGGCAAACAUCUUGGCCUUUAUAGAUGUUGGCGUCAAAAGCCUUAGAGAAGCCAAAAAAUCUACAAAUCGCCAUCGGGCCUCGAUGAAGAAACCAAGAGCCUAGAGAAAGCUGCCAAAGAAAUGCACGAUUUCUCGGACAGACUCCAAGUCAAAGGUCCCAGGAGCCUCGCUGACAGCGAACAAGAUCUCUGCGACUUGGCAAACGAAUGCGACAUAGCGGCGGGCAAGAUUCUUACGCUAAUCGAGAGGAUACGGCCUCAAGACACGUCUUCCAUUCUUCAAACUUACUAUUCGAUUUGGAAGAGGGCGUUCUACCGAGAGGAUAUGCUUGCAUUGGAGGCUCGACUCGCCUCGUACCGCAGCCGGAUCCAAUUGCAGCUCAUCGACUUGACUAGAGACGCAAGAGAUAAUUCUGCUCGACUUCAGGAGAUUGAAAGCGUCAUCGAGAAAUUACGGGCCGGGGUCCACCUCUGCAGUCUCAGCGACUCUGUAAAGGAAAACGUCGAGAAGCUUGUUCGCGUGUCCGAAAUAAGGCUUGAACAUUUGGCUCAGGUUUCCAUCCUUCAAGGCCUUCGAUUCGACACUAUGUACCAUCAUUAUGACAUGGUCUGCGAAGCACAUAAAAAGACGUUCAGGUGGAUUUUGUCCGACAAGCUUGACGAGAGGUGUAAUGCCGACUGCCCGAAUCGCCAGCAAAAGGAAUCUUCAUUGAAGAAGCGUCGCGGUAUCCGACACCAGCUCACACAGUGGUUGUCUUCAGGCAGUGGGGUAUUUCACUUCUCGGCUAAGCUUGGCGCUGGCAAGUCGACCUUGAUGAAGAUGGUAGCCAGCAAUCAUGAGACUCAAAAGCUGCUUGAAACUUGGGCAGGCUAUAAGACUUUGAUAUGCGCCAAGUUCUUCUUUUGGAACUCUGGAAGCGAGCAACAAAAGUCCAUUUCUGGCCUGUAUCUUGGACUGCUCCAUGAAGUCCUCUCAGCUCAUCCUGAGCUUAGAGCCCAUGCUUUUUCUUCACUCUGGGAAAAGGCGCACACCUCCCUUCGGCUGCAUGGAGAACGGAUGCAUAUCUCUCCCUCUGAAGCCUUGCAGGGGCUUGACAGACUGUUACAAGACACCGGCCCGAGUCGGCAUUACAGGUUUUCUCUAUUUGUCGACGGCCUGGACGAGCUACAAGAAAUGACAGAAUGUUCUCAUCUCGAUCUGACAAAACGACUCUACAGCUGGUCUACCCCCAGUUCUGGGAACGUCAAGAUUUGUGUUGCCAGCCGUCCGCUGAACGCAUUCUCUGAGAUGGCCCCGCCGCAGCAGACAAUCUGCCUGCACGACUUAACCAAACGGCACAUGGCUCUGUAUGUCAGUGGCAAGUUGCAAGGGAUUGAAGAUGACGAUAUCCUUGCUUCUAUUAGCAAGGCUAUUGUUGAGAAAGCACAGGGUAUCUUCUUCUGGACUGCUGUUGUCGCCAAAGACAUUCGGGAACAAAUUGCGAACGGGAACGAUCCGGAAAAUCUGAUACAGCAAAUCAACCAGCUUCCUGAGGAGAUCAACGAUUUGUUUGCCCACAUACUGCACUCAUUGACGGCUAGAGAUCAAAGACGGGCCUACCAAGUCCUCGCUGUGUUGCUACGAGCUCAGACCGACAAUCGUUCUGAUCUUAUGACAAUCACAGUAUGGGGAGCGGCUAUGAUCGAGGAAUCACAGGGAAUUCCCUAUCCAGAACUUUUCUCCGCCUUUUAGCACCAGGAAGACGGUCG